CCCAUGCUGAGGGCUGUUGGCGGAGCUGUUUCACACCGUCCUGCGCGUAGCGUGCGGGCAGCUCCUCCCUGCGAGGUGGGAGGCCGGGUGCUGCUCACAGGCCUCCUCCUGUCUUGGCUGCUGCAGUGUGCCCGGGCUGGGCAUGGCGCUCGCCCUCGCCCUCCUGCCGCUGCUGCUCCUGCCCCGGGGUGCGGGGACUCUUGGACGUCCUCAGAGUCAAGUGGUUCUCGUGACCGAAGGGGAGCCUGUGGUGAUGGAGUGUCCUUUCCGCAAGCACAACGGCAGUGGUCAUUCCUUCCAUGAGUUCAUCUGGAGCCAUAGGAACAUCUCAAAAAGGAUUCUCCAGUUUAGGAUGACGCGGCCCAAUGCCUCCUGUGUGCAUCGCAGCGAAGGUCACUUCAGCGGCACUGUGGAUUUUGCAAGGAGCGUGAGCUUUCUCAACAUCUCAGAGGUGCUUAUGAACGACACUGGCCCUUACCACUGCUAUGUGAAGAUAGGGAACAGCAACCCGACCGAAAAGGUGACUCACCUGCUCGUUAGAGGUCGGCAGCCAUGGGCAGCCUCUGGGGGCCUCAGCUUCUCUGUACCUCCAGGAGGCAAAGUCACCUUGGACUGUGACUUCCCUGCCAAGCUGCCCGGCAGCUUCACCUACCUCUUUUGGCUGCACGAGCAAGACCAGAGCCCACCCCGACUCGUGGCAUGGACAAACACAUCCAGUUUCCAGAACAACAGCGGCAGCACUGGAAGUCGUUUCCAGAGCGUAUUUGACCUGGAAAAUCACCGGAGCCAUCUCAACAUUACCGGGCUGGAAGAGAAGGACAGCGGCUGGUACCAGUGUGAGGGCCUGGGAGAGCUUUCAGGCUGGCAGAGAGGGACGAGAACCCACCUCGCUGUGCGAGGCUCCUCGGCUGUCCUGCUGGUUGUUUUGGGGAGUGUUGCGUUUGUCGUCAUGGCUCUGUGCUCUUACUUUCUGUACAAGCACCACAAGAAGCUGAGGAGGCAGCGCACCGUGCAGGACGCUUCGGAUCCCUGCCACAGGCCCGCAGAGGACAGCAUGAGGCAGCCCACAGGCGGGGAAGCUGUCAGUGCCAGCGCUGGCAGCACGGCAGAGUACAGCCUCCUCACUUUCCCGGGAAGGAACACCGCUGCAGGGGACUGGGGACAACGAUGACAGUUCAGGAAGACCUAGUGGGACACGGGGAGCUGUGCUGCGCUUCCUGUACUUGUGGUACUGUGAAUAGUUCCCCUCCACUGCGUAUCAUGCAAAGGUCCCUAGCAAAGCCUUCUCUCCCUUGAUGGUUGUUUUUUGUAUUCAAUUAAAGCCUCUCGAGGACA